CGGACGCUGAGCUUUGCAACAAUGUUGCAAUGUUGGUUGUAAUAAUAAUGGAACGCGAAUAGUUAACCCACGCCUAGAUUUCGCUUCAGAAUCCAAUGUUUUCUGAGUGAGAGAAAGAAGAAACACGUCUGCCCUUUGAAGUUUGUGUAUGAAUUUUAAAGACUCUAGUGAUGGCUAUUCGAGUGGCCGAUGGGCGCCUGGAGGAGCUGCAGGUGUAUCGCUUACUACAGUGUGUCCAUAAGGGCAACAAAGAACAAAUCGAGAAGCUCAUCGCCCUCGGCGUGAGAAACGUCCUCAACGUCAUCGAACCUCGGCGGGGCAAAGGCGCCCUACAUCUGGCCGCCGUGGCAAACAACCUAGACAUGGCAGAGUUCCUCCUGAACCGCCGUGCAAGCCCAAAUGUUCAGGACAAAAUGGGCAGGACGCCAGUCAUGCUGGCCGCUGAGUUGGGACAUGAUGAGAUGGUGUCUCUGCUAGUGAAGAACAAGGCGAAUGUCAAUCUUCUUGACCAGGAAGGCAAAGGGGUGCUGUUCUUCUGCGUCUACCCCACCAAGCGCCACAUGCGCUGUCUGCAGACGGCCGUGCAGGCCAAGGCGAGCGUCAACAACGUGUCCCUGAGCGGCCAGCACGUCCUGCACCUCGCCUGCUCACAGGCCGACUGCUGCCUGCCCAUGUGCCUCCUGCUGCUGGAGAAAGGGGCCGACCCAAACGCUGCGGACCAGGGCUCGGGGCGCACAGCCCUGAUGGAGGCGGCCAGGGUGGGGGCCCUGGAGCUUGUGAGGCAGGUCCUCCAGAGGGGGGCCAACCCCAACGCCCGCGACCACAAGCAGCUGCACGCCGCACACCUCGCAGCAGAGGGGGGCUUCUUUGAGAUCCUCCGAGUGCUGUGUGCGUACGGGGCAGACGUGGGGACAAUGAGCAGUGCCGGUGACACUCCUCUGCACUUUGCAGCCCGCGGAGGAUUUGCAGAGUGUUGCAGGUUUCUGUCUCAGAGAGGCUGUAACGCCAAACUGAAGAACGAGGAGGGCGUGCUGCCUCGCCAGGUGGCCAAGGAGCGCGGCCACAGGAAGGCGGUGAAGGAGCUGAAGAAGGCCGAGCGCCUCCAGGCCAAGCUCUCCCGACCAGCCGACCGCUGGACCGUGGCCCUCUACGACUGGUCGCAGGAGCACGAGACCAGGCUGAAGGAGGCCAUUGAGGCUUCCGGCAGCUUCUACAAGGACUCGGUCUCCGUGGAGGUGUUUGUGAAGGUGCUUCAGGACCUCCACGCCCCCGUGGAGGACCCUCAGCUCCACAAGCUCAUCCAGCUCCACGACCGUCGCCGCGAGGGCGUCCUCAACCUCGCCGACUUCUUCAAGGGCACCAAGUACGUGCAGAAGACCAUGGUGAUGGCUUCCUACGGCCCCAAGAAGAAGAAGAAAGGCGGCAAGAAGGGAAAGAAGGCCAAGAAGGGGAAGUUCUCGGCGCCGUUACCCAUCUGCACCGUCCCGCAGGAGCAGUUUGAGCGCCGGCCCGACGGCGGGCCGCCCACCUACAUGCUGGAGGCGUACCACCACAACACGGACCACAACCGCUUCAGCCGCGACAAGCCGCCGCAGCACCCCAUCGAGGACGACUCGGCCUGGUACAUCGACGAGCCGCACCGGAUGUUCGUGGACGUGACCUACUGCACGCGCACCGGCGACCUGGACUCGCUGCAGCUGGCCCUGGAGCAGGGCGUGCCCGUGGACGUGAAGGACCGCUUCUACAAGACGCCGCUCAUGACUGCCUGCGCCUACGGCAACCACGAGGUGGCGCAGUUCCUCAUUAAGAUGGGGGCGAACGUGAACGCCAAGGACAAUUUCAGUUGGACGCCGCUGCACCACGCCUGCCACGCGGGCCAAUUGGACAUGGUGGAGCUACUGGUGGGGGCGGGAGCUGAGGUGGAUAGCCCCGCCCUGAACGGGGCCACUCCCCUCAUGAGGGCCAUCGAGAGCUGCCGGCCGUCCUGCGUCGACUUCCUCAUCAAGGCGGGCGCCAAGGUCAACGCCAAGAACAAGAAAGAUCAGAACUGCCUGGACAUCGCGCGGGCCUUCGCAGACCUGAGGGUGGUGGAGCUGGUCAAAGCCAAGAUGGACAGCCUGCCCAAGCCCAAGGUGGCCAACAAGAUGAAGAGAGGGGCCACGGCCAAACCACCACCGAAACCCAAACAGGCCCCCCAACCCAGGCCGGCCACCGCCACCACCAACACCGCCAAGGACAAGAUGAGCCAAGCCCAGAGUAGCACAACGCAAACUGCGCCAACUGAGGAGAAGAGGAAAACGGACAAAAACACUGUGGUCAUGUUCAACACCCAGAUAAUCAGCGGCCCCGCCGGGCCCAUGGACAUCAGCUUCAAGCCCAGAACGGUGUGGGACAAGCAGCAGAGCACCAGUAGUCUGUUGCAGCAGCGGGAGAGGAGGCGUCAGCGACUGGCAGGCGAGGUGGACUUUGAUGACUUCCUCAUGCCCUUUGGCACCGACAUGCGCAGGAAGGCGGCAGAAGCCAAGCAAUAACAUGCCUGAAGGCCACCAGGAAGGGAAGAGACAGGGAGGGCAGAGAUGGAAUGACAAGGUGGUACAGAGAUGGAAUGACAAGGUGGGACAGAGAUGGAAUGACAAGGAGGGGCAGAGAUGGAAUGACAAGGAGGGAAUGUAAUGGAGAGACAGGGAGGGACAGUGGGAGGGAGGGGGAUGGGGUGGUGAACAGACCUAGGGUGUGUUUCGCUACAACAUCGUUGUUAUCUUAGUUAGCAACUUACUUGGCUUGAAUUCAAUUUCCCAUUGGAAGCCUAGUAAGUUGCUUCGUAACUGGUGAG